AUGGAAGACAGCGGAUCCAAAGAAACUAUUCAAGAAGAGUCUACAACAAUUAUCAAGAACGAACGAACAUUCUUCAAUCCUGCACAAAAAUUCAAUCGGGACAUAUCUGUAGAGAUUAUCAGGGAAUGCUUCAAGGACUCCACUUCUAUUCGAAUUUUGGAUGCAAUGUCUGCUACGGGGCUACGCGGAAUAAGAUAUCUCAAGGAGAUAGAAAACUCCAGAGUUUAUCUGAAUGACAUCUCCCAAUCUUCUGUCGAGACAAUCAAGGCAAACAUUCUUCUGAAUGGAAUCGAGGAUGUAGAGUGCUUUGAAUCUGUCUUCCAGAAUAUUAAGACAAGUAAAGAUGUAAGAGCCACUAUUACAAAGUCUGACUGCAACGUUUUAAUGGCUUCUCUCCCCUGUUUCUUCGAUGUCAUCGACAUAGAUCCCUUUGGAAGCUGUUCUGAAUACAUUGACAGUGCGCUACGAGCGAUUAGACACAGAGGGAUCAUAUGCCUUACUGCAACAGACAAGGGAGUUCUGUGUUCUAACGAGAGGAAGUGCCUCAUCAAGUAUUCCACAAGUAUCAUGAAAGGAGUGGGGACAAACGAAGUUCCGUUAAGAACAAUUAUAUCCCUAGUGUCAAGGCAAGCAUCUAAAUUCGAUUGUAGUGUGGAGCCAGUGGCAUCUCUAAGCAUUGAUUUCUAUGUUAGAAUAUUUCUUCGAAUAGUAAGGAGAAAUCCAAGGUCCGUGAUUGAAAAAAACAGCCUUUUCUGGAUGUGCACCUGCCACAACAUCUUUGAAGUUAGAAAUGGCGAGGACAUUAGCAACAAAUGUGAUAACUGCAGCAGAAGAAUGAAGUUGUGCGGCCCGUUCUGGAAUGGCCCUCUGAACGAUAUAAAUGUCAUCCAGGGAGUCUUGAACAGAGCAAAGGAGGAUAACAAGAGAUUGAUUGGAGUGCUAAGGCAUCUAGAGCAAGAGCUACCAACAAUGUUUUAUUACGAGAUUCCUCGUCUGUGUUCAAUACUAGGAAUCAGCUCUGUCAAACAAUUGAGGGUGAUGCAUGCGCUAGCAAAUAUGGGGUAUCGGGUGUCUUACACACAUUCGGAGCUGAAUGCUAUCAAGACAGAUGCGCCGAUUGGCUUGAUAAACAAAGUGCUGUUGCUGAGCGAUGGGAGUAACCAAGAAAAGGCAGAGGUGCUUGGUCUAAAGUUUGAGGGGAAUAAAAAUAUAGAGGCUCUUGAGACCAUAGAGUUUUUCAAGGGCCUUAUCAAGUCGGGGAUGGGGCCUCUCUCUCUUCCUAAGAAACAUUAA